UAGCCUCUCGGUUAGCAGGGAGAACCGGGAGCUGGAUCUAAACAACCCGCCAGAAUCCAGUUCGGUCCACGGUGAAGGACCGAGACCAGAAGCUGCUGCACGACAUGAAGCUGAGAAGAAGAAAAACAGACGUCCAGCAGCUGGUGGUGGUUAAACAAGAAGAGGGUCCCCCUGAGCAGCAGGACUGGACCAGUCUGGACCAGGAGGACCCAGAGCCCCCUCACAUCAAAGAUGAACAGGAGGAACUCUGGACCAAUCAGGAGGGAGCGCAGCUUGAAGGUCUGGAGGAGGCUGGUAUCAGGUUCUUAUUCUCUCCUGUGAAGAGUGAAGAUGAUGAAGAGGAAGCUCAGUCCUCUCAUCUUCAUCAAAGACUAACUGAACACAUGGAAACAGAAGCUGAUGGAGAGGACUACAGAGGACCAGAACCAGACAGGAAGUCGGAUCCACAUGGACCUCCAGGACCAGAUCCUGAUCCUUCAGACUCAUCUGAGCCUGAAGAGGACUGGAGGGAUCCGGGCAGGAAGCUGCUCCGCUGCUCUGUGUGCGCAAAGACAUUCAAACAGAGGGGCAAUCUGAACAUCCACAUGAGGACUCACACCGGAGUGAAACCGUUCGGCUGCUCCGUGUGCAGCAAGAGGUUCACCCAGAAAGCCGGUCUGGACUACCACCUGAAAAUCCACACGGGAGAGAAACCGUUUGUCUGCUCCCUCUGCGGGAAAAGCUUUCGCCACAAAGGCGCCGUGACGUCCCACAUGGCGACGCACACGGGCGUGAAGCCGGUCGGCUGCGGUGUUUGUCACAAGAGGUUCAGGGCCCCGGCGCAGCUCAAGGGCCACAAGUGUGUCGGCGAGCACUCGCGACGCCUCGGAGGCCAAGAAGACGAGCGCCGCGUGCCGCUGAGCUGCGGCGAGUGCGACGCCACGUUCCCCAACAACUACCUCCUGGUGACCCACAUGAGGAUGCACCGGGGAAAGAAGCUGUUCACCUGCGGCAUCUGCGGCCAGAAGCGUCAGUUCAGUUCACAUCUGGAGAUCCACAUGAGGACCCACACCGGGGAGAAACCCUACAGCUGCUCCGUUUGCGGUAAGCGGUUCUCCCAGAGGGGCAUCAUGUCGCAGCACAUGGCGGUCCACUCCGGGGUGAAACCCUUCAGCUGCACCGCGUGUAGCAGAAGAUUCUUUUGGCAUUUUCAGAUUAAAAAACACAAGUGUGAUGGUGAGUUGUCACAGUUUAGAGGAGCUGGCUUUAAUGAAGAAGCCCGUGGAGAACCAGACAGGGAGUCAGGACCAGAACCAGACUGGAACCCAGAUCCAGCCCGACAUCCAGAACCAGACAAAGAGACUGAACCGUAUUCUGAGGCUGAGGACAGUGUUGACGUGGAGUUCUGGAAAGAGACCAGGAAACAUCAGUCAGGGUAUACUUACCAGAGGAGUAAAAAGCUCUCUGCGGAUGAUGGACUUCAUCGCAGCAGGAAGCCAUUCAGCUGCUCUGGUGACAAGACAGGAAGUGAACCCAAGACUGAGGACGGAGUGGAUGGGGGUCUCCCUCCAUCAGGCCCAGAGCCUCUGGACAGUGAGGUCUCAGCCACAGAUACAGGACUUAACACGGACAUGAGGCCUUUCAGCUCCUCUGAGUGUCAGGAAAGAGCUGAAGAGCGUCUCACGCUGCUGACACGCGGGGGCCCACCCACAGGGGAGAAACCGCUCCGCUGCUUGAUCUGUGGGAAAGGCUUUUCGACGGUGGGAUGCCUGUCGAGACACACGUCCGUCCACACGGGGGAGGAGCCGCUCGGCCGCGUCGUCCGUCGGGAGAGAUUCUCCGAGGAGGCGCGCCUCGUGAGUCACAGGUGCGUCGGCGAGCCCUCGCCGCUCCGCGAGGACGACGCCCCGCCGAGCGCCGGAGGGUUGAACCCGCGGCACCAGCUGCCGGUUCCCGUGAGACUUCACACGGGCCUGAAGCCGUUCGGCUGCUCGGCGUGCGGUCGGACGUUCGCGGAGCGCGAAGCUCUGCGCUCGCAUGCGGCGAGUCACUCGGGGGAGAAACCGUUCCGCUGCUCCGUGUGCGACGCGGGAUGCAGCGACAGCGAGGCGCUCGUUCAGCACAUGAGGAUCCACGCCCGGCAGACGCAGUUCAGCUGCACCGCGUGUGGAAAGGAAUUCGCUUGGAGAAGACAUCUGGAGAAACACCUGGAGGUCCACUCGAGGGACCGGGUCCACCGCUGCAGGUUCUGUGGGCGGAGCUUCAGCCGGCACCACGAACUGGACUGCCACCGGUGUGUCGGCCAUCGGGCCUCACGGCGCCACGCUGAGGAAGAGCCUCCAGCCGGCAGCGCGACUCAACGCAUGGAGACAGAGGAGGAUGGAGAGGACUCAGGACCAGACAGGGACUCAGGACCAGGACCAGACAGGGACUCAGGACCAGGACAGGAUCCUGAAGACUUCUCUGAACCUGAGACUGAUGACAGUGCCGACAGUGAUUUUUGGGAAGAGAGCUGUGGACGUCUGUCGGGUCUGAACUCUCUGAAACAUGAAGUCUCUCAAAGCAGAGAAACAUUGAACAACCACCACAGAAGAAGUCACACAGGAGGGGAGCCCCCCCACAUCAAAGAGGACCAGGAGGACCCAGAGUCCCCCCACAUCAAAGAGGAAGAGGAGGACCUCUGGACCAAUCAGGAGGAAGAGCAGCUUGAAGGUCUGGAGGAGGCUGGUAUCAGGUUCUCAUUCUCUCCUGUGAAGAGUGAAGCUGAUGGAGAGGACUACAGAGGACCAGAACCAGAUCCUGAUGACAGUGUUGAUAGUGAUUUCUGGAAGGAGACCAGAGAACCUCAGUCGGUUCUAAACUCUCUGAAACAUGAUCCCGUGUCUGGUGUUAUUAUGGGAUGUCCUUGUGUCCACAACGAUGUCGGCGAGCGACUCGAAGCCGACAGCGAUUUCUGGAAAAACGACAGGAAGUCGGGUCCGAACUCUCCGAAGGACGUCGGCUGCUCCUCGCUCCUCGCGGCCGCGAAGCCGUUCAGCUGCUCCGAGUGCGGCAAGCGGUUCCACCACGACUACAACCGGCAGAACCACAUGAAGCACCACACGGGCCAGAAGGCCUUCCUCUGCUCCGUGUGCGGCCUGCGCUGCCUCUACAGGUCGCACCUGCAGAUCCACAUGAGGACCCACACCCGCGAGAAGCCCUUCCCCUGCCCGGCCUGCGGCAAGAAGUACGCGCACAAGGCCAGCAUGCAGGCCCACAUGGCGGUGCACACGGCGGAGAGCCAGCACGGCUGCGGCGCCUGCGGCAAAGGCUUCGCCUGGUUCACGGAGCUCAAGUACCACCAGUGUGUGGGCGGGGCCUCGCAGCACGCGGACCGGACCGGAACCGCGUAGAGGCGGAGCCGCGUAGAGGCGGAGCUCGUCACGUCUUUACUUGUAAGAGACAAAUCUUCAUGUCCCAGCAGGAAGAACUCGGUGCUCUGGGCUCGGUGCUCUGGGCUCGGUCCAUGAAGACGCUUCGGCACAUUUGAGAAAUGUCAAAUGAAACAAAUCCGUUCUCUUCGGGUUUGUGUCAUCGUUUUGUUUCUGACUCGCUGGACGAUCCGGUCGCUCUCGGUUUGUUUGAACGGGAACUCUUCAUACUAUAUGAAAACAUUCAUAAAUGCUGCCUUCACUCCUCACUGUAACUUGUGUAUGAACGGUGACUCAAACCACAGAGGAAGAUUCUGAUGACAAUAAACGCGACCUUUGACCUCUCA